AUGAACAAGGACAAGCAGAGCCAGGGGCUUGGGUCCACCGAACCUCUUCCCCCAUCCAAAGGCCAGAAACCUACCAGGAUGCCCAAAUGCUCCCGCUGUAGGAACCACGGAUAUGUGUCCCCUCUGAAGGGACACAAACGCUUCUGCAACUGGAGGGACUGCCAAUGUCCUAAAUGUAAACUGAUAGCAGAAAGGCAGAGAGUCAUGGCGGCCCAGGUUGCCCUGAGACGGCAGCAGGCUCAGGAGGAGGAGCUUGGGAUUUGUAGUCCAGUAGCUCUGUCCGGCUCUGAGGUGAUGGUGAAGAAUGAAGCAGGACAGGACUGCUUGUUCUCUGUGGAGGCACGAUCCCCAACUCCCAGCAGCACCUCCACUCUGGCGGUCACAGGGAGUCGCUCGGCUUCAACCCCCAGCCCGUCAGCUGCUUCCCGAGCUCAUACUGAGGGAUCUUCAGACCUGCUGCUGGAAACCUCUUACUACAACUUCUAUCAGCCUUCACGCUACCCCUCCUACUACAGCAACCUCUACAACUACCAACAAUACCAGGUGGAUGAUGAUAAACAAUGGUUGUGUAGAGCUUCCAGACAGGUGAUGGUGCCAGAUAAGAAGACAGGCUCUCUCAGGGAGAUGCCUCAUGGUGAUGGUCGCCUUUCAUCCCACAAUGUUUCCUCUCAGUACCGCAUGCACUCCUACUACCCAGCAGCCACCUAUCUGACCCAGGGCCUGGGCUCCACCAACUGUGUGCCACCCCUCUUCAGUCUGGAGGACAACAAUAACAACAACAAUUGCCCUGAGACCAUGGCAGCUUCCGCAUUCCCUCCUGGAGGUAUUACUACUGGUCACGACUCCACCAUGACCUGCAGGUCCAUCAGCUGCCUGGUCAACUCUGACAUCAACGCUGAGUGCGAGGCCAGCAGCGAGACGCCAAACUUCACCGUUGACUCCAUCAUGGAUAGUGAUGCUACCAAAUAAAAGAAGCUAAGGAGAACAUUACACGACAAAAGCAUUAUGAGAUAACUUGAACUUUGUUCCUGCAAAAUAGUUAUAUAGUUAGUUGUGCUACAAGUUUUACUGUUUCUGUUCAUGAGGCACAAUAACAUGUACUUUACAUUGUUUUAGAGAGUACAGGUAGUUAGCAUUUGUUUUGUAGUUCAUUUGUAGCCACACAACAGUUCAAUCUGCUGUUACAGCCAGUUCACAUGAGUGGAAAGUGUAUGCUGCCUUCAGAAAUGAGCAAUUCACAGAAAUCAACAUUCAUUCUCAAAUAUUAGGAAGUCUCCCUGGAUUAACAGACCCUUUGUCCAUUGACACUCUAAAAGAUGGCUGAGUACACAGUUCAUAAGUCUGACUGUAUGUAUAUGUGAAAUUCAACACUUGCUUUAACCCUCCAAAAGCAACAGCUUAUGCAAAAGUUAUGUGUUUUUAAUACCAAAAGGAAAAGUGAAGCAAAAGCAGAAUAAUGGCUUUAAAUUUGACUUGUGUCAUUUUCACACUGUAGAAUCAGAGGCUUAUAAGGAUAGAAAUUGACCACGUUGACAAUCACAACACAGGCUUAGUGUUUAUUAAGAG